AUGUUCACUCCUGUUCUCUCGUCUCAUCCCCAGGUGUUCAAUGCUAAAACAGCCGAGCUCCUCAGUCACCACCAGGUUGAGAUCAACCAGAGUUUCCCCAAGGAAGGGUCAGUACAUGCAGCUGUGUUGCCUCUACAAAUCCCCUAUUAGUUCCAUUCAAACUGGAUGACCUGUAACCUCUGACAUCUAUUAACCUCUGACCUUUAACCCUCUUAUCAGGUGGGUGGAGGAGGAUCCCAAAGAGAUCCUGCAGUCUGUGUACGAGUGUAUGGAGAGAACCUGUGAGAAACUCACCCAGCUCAACAUCGACAUCUCCAACAUCAAAGGUAAGACACACACCACACACACAACACACCCACACACACAAACGCUUCCUCAUAAAACAUACUACAGACUGUCACUUUCACUCAUCAAACUUGAACCUUUCUAGCCAUUGGAGUGACCAAUCAGAGAGAGACCACGCUGGUUUGGGACAAAGAGACAGGCGAGCCACUCUACAAUGCUAUCGGUGAGUUAUGAAUAUGUGCCUGUGUUCACAUCUCCUUCCUCAUGACCUAAAGCCGUUAUCUAAGGCCUGGAAGGAUUUUAAAGACACAGGUUGUGUUGGUUGUGUGCAGUGUGGCUGGACCUGCGGACCCAGUCGACCGUGGAGCGACUGAUCAACAAGACACCUGGGAGAAACAAGAACCAUUUGAAGGUGAGAUGCCGGGGAACACAGACUGCAGAUAACCAUGUUUUCAUCAGGCCCAGCUUACCCGGAGAUAACCAUGUUUUCAUCAGGCCCAGCUUACCCGGAGAUAACCAUGUUUUCAUCAGGCCCAGCUUACCCGGAUAUAACCAUGUUUUCAUCAGGCCCAGCUUACCUGGAGAUAACCAUGUUUUCAUCAGGCCCAGCAUACCCGGAGAUAACCAUGUUUUCAUCAGGCCCAGCUUACCCGGAGAUAACCAUGUUUUCAUCAGGCCCAGCUUACCCGGAGAUAACCAUGUUUUCAUCAGGCCCAGCUUACCCGGACGUUAAAGACAAAUGUGUCAAAGAAACUAUCUAACUAUCUGAAGUAAAACAAAAAAACAAAAAAAAAGUUCCACCUCUCUGAAGUAUAUGUCAUAAUGGUCCCCCCUCUCUGCUCAGCACAAGACGGGUCUCCCCAUCAGUACGUACUUCAGUGCUGUGAAGCUUCGCUGGAUGAUGGAUAAUGUGGACGAGGUCGCUGAGGCAGUCCGGACACACAGAGCCAUGUUUGGCACCGUCGACUCCUGGCUUAUCUGGGUAAGACGCAGACACCUCUUUAGAUAUGGUUUAUGAUGUCUGUGUGUGAGUGUUAAGGAUAGGAAAGGCCCACAAUGGCCGUCUGUAUACUCCAAGCCAAGUUGUCCUCUGUUGUGUUUCUGAGGAAAUCUUACGUGUCCAGUAUUUUCUCUGUUUGCCCCCCACAGUGUCUGAGAGGUGUCUGUGUUUGCCCCCCACAGUGUCUGAGAGGUGUCUGUGUUUGUCUCCCACAGUGUCUGAGAGGUGUCUGUGUUUGCCCCCCACAAAGUCUGAGAGGUGUCUGUGUUUACCCCCCACAGUGUCUGACAGGUUUCUGUGUUUACCCCCCACAGUGUCUGACAGGUUUCUGUGUUUACCCCCCACAGUGUCUGACAGGUUUCUGUGUUUGUCCCCCACAGUGUCUGACAGGUUUCUGUGUUUGUCCCCCACAGUGUCUGACAGGUUUCUGUGUUUACCCCCCACAGUGUCUGACAGGUUUCUGUGUUUACCCCCCACAGUGUCUGACAGGUUUCUGUGUUUACCCCCCACAGUGUCUGACAGGUUUCUGUGUUUGUCCCCCACAGUGUCUGACAGGUUUCUGUGUUUACCCCCCACAGUGUCUGACAGGUUUCUGUGUUUACCCCCCACAGUGUCUGACAGGUUUCUCUGUUUGCCCCCCACAGUGUCUGAGAGGUGUCUGUGUUUGCCCCCCACAAAGUCUGAGAGGUGUCUGUGUUUGUCUCCCACAGUGUCUAAGAGGUGUCUGUGUUUGCCCCCCACAGUGUCUGAGAGGUGUCUGUGUUUGCCCCCCACAAAGUCUGAGAGGUGUCUGUGUUUGUCUCCCACAGUGUCUGAGAGGUGUCUGUGUUUGUCUCCCACAGUGUCUGACAGGUUUCUGUGUUUACCCCCCACAGUGUCUGACAGGUUUCUGUGUUUACCCCCCACAGUGUCUGACAGGUUUCUGUGUUUACCCCCCACAGUGUCUGACAGGUUUCUGUGUUUGUCCCCCACAGUGUCUGACAGGUUUCUGUGUUUGUCCCCCACAGUGUCUGACAGGUUUCUGUGUUUACCCCCCACAGUGUCUGACAGGUUUCUGUGUUUACCCCCCACAGUGUCUGACAGGUUUCUAUGUUUACCCCCCACAGUGUCUGACAGGUUUCUGUGUUUACCCCCCACAGUGUCUGACAGGUUUCUGUGUUUACCCCCCACAGUGUCUGACAGGGGGAAAGAGUGGGGGAGUCCACUGCACAGACGUGACCAACGCCAGCAGGACCAUGCUCUUCAACAUCCACACCCUGGAAUGGGACCCAGAGCUCUGCAAGUAGGUGGACAUCUAAUACGUACUGUGUACACCCUCAUGCAUACUGGACAUAUCCAUUCAGUGAGACAAACCAUAUCUUCUGUUUACACUUGUUCCUGUUUUGACACGUUCUUUCAGAUAUUUUGAUAUUCCAAUGGAGAUUCUCCCAAAAGUGAGGAGUUCCUCAGAAAUCUACGGCUUAAUGGUAAGUCCCCAUUGUCUUUGUCUGAAUGUCUGUGGGUUGGGAGGAAGGUGAAUUAUGAAGUGUUGCACUGUCUAUUAAACAUGCUUAUAAUUACUAUGGAACUGAAUCUGUGCUUAGGUGUGCUUCUAUCCUGUCAUAACCAUUUAUUCAUCAUAUUCGGAGAGCAUUUAGUCUGUUUUUCCUAGUCUGUACUUGUUUGAGGUGUUGUCACAAGCAUUAUUUUGUGUGCCCCCCUGUUGUCUAUAGAAAAUAUGUUCUAGCCUGGUGAGUAUUGGGGUCUUCAUCGACGUCCUCAUCACUGUUAUCGCUAUGUCAGAUCAUGAUCCCCAGUCAUCUUGCUUCUCUGUGUCAAAGUGACUGAACCAUCCAAAGGUGCAUUUCCAAGCCAUUGAUUGAGAUAAGACAAUGGUUAGAUGUGUUGAGCAAGACUUUUAAAGGCUUUGAGACUGAUAUAUCUAUUUUCAGGGAGUUAGGCCUCACCCUAAAAUUGACCUAUAUAGAUUUUUUUCCCCCCUUCAUUGUAUAGGAUAUUAAACAUUUAAAAAGAUGAAACAGAUUUUCAUGGUACACUAUAUAUAUAUAUAUAUAUAUAUAUAUAUAUAUAUAUAUAUAUAUAUAUAUAUAUAUAUAUAUAUAUAUAUAUAUAUAUAUAUAUAUACACAAAAGUAUGUGGACACCCCUUCAAAUUAGUGUAUCCGGCUAUCUCCAUAGCCAAACAUUAGCAGUAGAAUGGCCGUACUGAAGAGAUCAGUGACUUUCAACGUGGCACCGUCAUAGGAUGGCACCUUUCCAACAAGUCAGUUCAUCUAAUUUCUGCCCUGCUAGAGCUGCCCCGGUCAACUGUAAGUGCUGUUAUUGCGAAGAGGAACCGUCUAGGAGCAACAACGGCUCAGCCGCGAAGUGGUAGACCACACAAGCUCACAGAACAGGACUGCUGAGUGCUGAAGCACGUAGCGCGUAAAAAUUGUCUGUCCUCGGUUGCAACACUCACUACGAGUUCCAAACUGCCUCUGGAAGUAACGUCAGCACAAUAACUGUUUGUCGGGAGCUUCAUGAAAUGGGUUUCCACGGCCGAGCAGCCGCACACAAGUCUAAGAUCACCAUGCGCAAUGCCAAGCGUUGGCUGGAGUAGUUUAAAGCUCGCCCCCAUUGGACUCUGGAGCAGUGGAAACGCGUUCUCUGGAGUGAUGAAUCACGCUUCACCAUCUAGCAGUCCGACGGACGAAUCUGGGUUUGGCGGAUGCCAGGAGAACGCUACCUGCCCCAAUGCAUAGUACCAACUGUAAAGUUUGGUGGAGGAGGAAUAAUGGUCUAGGGCUGUUUUUCAUGGUUCAGGCUAGGCUCCUUAGUUCCAGUGAAGGGAAAUCUUAACACUACAGCAUACAAUGACAUUCUAGACGAUUCUGUGUUUCCAACUUUGUGGCAACAGUUUGGGGAAGGCCCUUUCCUGUUUCAGCAUGACAAUGCCCCCAUGCACAAAGCGAGAUCCAUACAGAAAUGGUUUGUCGAGAUCGGUGUGGAAGAACUUGACUGGCCUGCACAGAGCCCUGACCUCAACCCCAUCGAACACCUUUGGGAUGUGCCCGACCUGGCUAAUGUUCUUGUGGCUGAAUGGAAGCAAAUCCCCAUAGCAAUGUUCCAACAUCCAGUGGAAAGCCUUCCCAGAAGAGUGGAGGCUGUUAUAGCAGCAAAGGGGGGGACCUACUCCAUAUCAAUGCCCUUCAUUUUGGAAUGAGAUACUCGAUGAGCAGGUGUCCACAUACUUCUGGUCAUGUAGUGUAUUUGUAAAACAUAUCUUGAGUAGUCAGGUCAGACUGAAACAGAUACAGACAUUCCCAAAACCCUCCUGGAUAAGCUUGGAAUUGUACAGGAUGGGCGUGUGCUUCCUUCUCUGCUCCUGUCGUGGCAUGCGCGCCGCUCCGCUACUGUGGAUGAUGCCGGCAUACGCCCUACACCUUAUUGCAAUGCCACACACCUUGCCCAGGUGUUCAGUGGGCUGCUGUCUACUUCUCUUCCUGUUGACGUGUUUCUACAAGCUGUUCGGUAAAUCUCUUCACUCUUCUACUCAGUUCCAUUUCGGUCGGCUCAGUUCCAUUUCGAUCCCUAGCCCCUUUUGGUGAUUUGUGGGUUAUAUUGAGUUCAAUGGGAGUGAAGAUAUUUGACUUGUGUGCCUUAAACCACUUGAUUGUCUCCAAGACAACUGCAUUCCUCUGUCUCCUUCAUGCUCUUUGAUUGGCUGUAUUGAGAAUGUAUGUAUGUUUUUUUUAGACUGUGGUUUGAGAAAAGAUGCAAUUUGCUGUUGGCUAUAGCACCAUACUGUAUAGUAAAACACUUCUACAGUCUGUCUGUACGCAAGCAACACUUCUACGACAGCUUGAAACAUCAAACUGGUAUGGCGUUUUAUACAGUGAAGGGUCUUGCUUUGCUGGGUCUUGUGGUUACGGAGUUGGCCAGAAUUAAAGCUGUGAAGCUGUUUCAUAUUGCUAACAUGUUUUGUUUCUUUGACAGAAAUCGGGCUCUCUUAGUGGCAUACCCAUCUCAGGGGUAGGUUUUGAAACAUCCUGUCUUACUCAACUCAAGGUCACCUUAUUACAUUUCUGGAUGUUAUGAGAAGUGAUUGGCACCUGUUCCCACCAAUCUGAAGGGUCUUUGUUUGUUUACAGUGUCUUGGGGACCAAUCGGCUGCUCUUGUUGGACAGAUGUGCUUUAAGGAAGGGCAGGCCAAAAACACGUAAGACUUCUCUCCAUAGGUUUGUCAUAGCUGGUGAUACAGUGCCUUGCAAAAGUAUUCAUCCCCCUUCGCGUUUUUCCUAUUUUGUUGCAUUACAACCUAUAAUUUAAAUGGAUUUUUAUUUGGAUUUCAUGUAAUGGACAUACACAAAAUAGUCCAAAUUGGUGAAGUGAAAUGAAAAAAAAAACUUGUUUCAAAAAAUUCGAACAAAUAAUUAACGGAAAAGUGGUGCGUGCAUAUGUAUGCACCCCCUUUGCUAUGAAGCCCCUAAAUAAGAUCUGGUGCAACCAAUUACCUUCAGAAGUCACAUAAUUAGUUGGAUUGCAAGUUUCUAAUGAUCUCAGUAUAUAUACCCCUGUUCUGAAAGGCCCCAGAGUCUGCAACACCACUAAGCAAGGGUCAUCACCAAGCAAGCGGCACCAGGAAGACCAAGGAGCUCGCCAAACAGGUCAGGGACAAAGUUGUGGAGAAGUACAGAUCAGGGUUGGGUUAUAAAAAAAAAUAUCCGAAACGUUGAACAUCCCACGGAGCACCAUUAAAUCCAUUAUUAUUAUUAUUAUAUAUGGCACCACAACAAACCUGCCAAGAGAGGGCCGCCCACCAAAUCUCAUGGUCCAGGCAAGGAGGGCAUUAAUCAGAGGCAACAAAGAGACCAAAGAUAACCCUGAAGGAGCUGCAAAGCUCCACAGCGGAGAUUGGAGUAUCUGUCCAUAAGACCACUUUAAGCCGUACACUCCACAGAGCUGGGCUUUACGGAAGAGUGGCCAGAAAAAAGCCAUUGCUUAAAGAAAAAAAUAAGCAAACACGUUUGGUGUUCGCCAAAAGGCAUGUGGGAGACUCCCCAAACAUAUGGAAGAAGGUACUCUGGUCAGAUGAGACUAAAAUUUAGCUUUUUGGCAUGAAGUAAAACGCUAUGUCUGGCGCAAACCCAACACCUCAUCACCCCGAGAACACCAUCCCCACAGUGAAGCAUGGUGGUAGCAGCAACAUGCUCUGGGGAUGUUUUUCAUCGGCAGGGACUGUGAAACUGGUCAGAAUUGAAGGAAUGAUGGAUGGCACUAAAUACAGGGUAAUUCUUGAGGGAAACUUGUUUCAGUCUUCCAGAGAUUUGAGACUGGGACGGAGGUUCACCUUCCAGCAGGACAAUGACCCUAAACAUAUUGCUAAAGCAACACUCGAGUGGUUUAAAGGGAAACAUUUAAAUGUCUUGGAAUGACAACGAUGAGACAGCCUAUAGGGAGGAGGUCAGAGAUCUGGCCGUGUGGUGCCAGGACAACAACCUCUCCCUCAACGUGACCAAGACAAAGGAGAUGAUUGUGGACUACAGGAAAAAAAAGAGGACUGAUCACGCCCCCAUUCUCAUCGACGGGGCUGUAGUGGAACAGGUGGAGAGCUUCAAGUUCCUUGGUGUCCACAUCACCAACGAACUAUCAUGGUCCAAACACACCAAGACAGUCGUGAAGAGGGCACGACAAAGCCUAUUCCCCCUCAGGAGACUAAAAAGAUUUGGCAUGGGUCCUCAGAUCCUCAAAAAAUUCUACAGCUGCACCAUCGAGAGCAUCCUGACUGGUUGCAUCACCGCCUGGUAUGGCAACUGCUUGGCCUCUGACCGCAAGGCACUACAGAGGGUAGUGCGUACGGCCCAGUACAUCACUGGGGCAAAGCUUCCUGCCAUCCAGGACCUCUAUACCAGGCGGUGUCAGAGAAAGGCCCUCAAAAUUGUCAAAGACUCCAGCCACCCUAGUCAUAGACUGUUCUCUCUGCUACCGCACGGCAAGCGGUACCGGAGUGCCAAGUCUAGGUCCAAAAGACUUCUCAACAGCUUCUACCCCCAAGCCAUAAGACUCCUGAACAGCUAAUCAUGGCUACCCGGACUAUUUGCACUGCCCCCCCACCCCAUCCUUUUUACGCUGCUGCUACUCUGUUAAGUAUUUAUGCAUAGUCACUUUAACUCUACCCACAUGUACAUAUUACCUCAACUACCUCAACUAGCCGGUGCCCCCGCACAUUGACUCUGCAACGGUACCCCCCUGUAUAUAUAGCCUCCCUACUGUCACUUUAUUUUACUUCUGCUCUUUUUUUCUCAACACUUUUUUUGUUGUUGUUUUAUUCUUACUUUUUUUGUUUAAAAUAAAUGCACUGUUGGUUAAGGGCUGUAAGUAAGCAUUUCACUGUAAUGUCUGCACCUGUUGUAUUCGGCGCAUGUGACCAAUAAAAUUUGAUUUGAUUUGAUUUGAAUGGCCUAGUCAAAGCCCAGACUUCAAUCCAAUUGAGAAUCUGUGGUAUGACUUAAAGAUUGCUGUAUACCAGCGGAACCCAUCCAACUGGAGCUGGAGCAGUUUUGACUUGAAGAAUGGGCAAAAAUCCCAGUGACUAGAUGUGCCAAGCUUAUAGAGACAUACCCCAAGAGACUUGCAGCUGUAAUUGCUGCAAAAGGUGGCUCUACAAAGUAUUGACUUUGGGGGGGUGAAUAGUUAUGCACGCUCAAGUUUUAUGUUUUUUUGUCUUAUUUCUUGUUUUUCACAAUAAAAAACAUUUUUUGCAUCUUCAAAGUGGUAGGCAUGUUGUGUAAAUCAAAUGAUACAAACCCCCCCAAAAUAUAUUUUAAUUCCAGGUUGUAAGGCAACAAAAUAGGAAAAAUGCCAAGGGGGGGGGGGGGGGGUGAAUACUUUCACAAACCACUGUACUGUAAGAUAAUUUUGAGAUAUUCAAACAUCAGUGACUAUCUUUCAGAUAUGGAACUGGCUGCUUUCUACUCAGAAACACUGGAGCCAAGGUGAUUUUGUUCCCUUAUUAUUUAAUUUUUUUAAAGAUGUGGAACAUUCCUCUGUGACAUCACCCAGCCUAGACAGGCAUUUCUUAACAUUUGCCUGUCUCUUGAAAUUUCCGUUUUAGCUUAUCUGUUUAAUUGCUUUAACUGUUAUCUCUUCGAUCUCUUGCAGCCUGUCAUGUCGGACCAUGGCCUACUAACCACGGUGGCGUACAAACUGGGUCGAGACAAACCUGCCUGCUACGCACUAGAGGUAGCCAUGGAUCAUGGAUUCAACUUGUACAGCACUGUUAUGCAGUCAUUUCUGACCUGCUUGGUCUGAUCCUGUCAAGUUGUUGUCAGUUCUAUUUUUCUUGAUUGGUCCUUUAUUCCCCUACUGAUCUAUGAUUGGUUGUUUCCAGGGCUCGGUGGCCAUAGCGGGGGCUGUGGUUCGCUGGCUGAAGGACAACCUGGGGAUCAUUCAGACUUCCACAGAGCUGGGUAAGGAGGAAGUCCUGUCCUUCACAACACUAGUAGAGGGGUGUGUUCCAGAACACCUCUCCUCCAUACCUCGCUCUCUCCUCCAUACCUCGCUCUCUUCUCCUUACCUCUCUCUCUCUCUUCUCCAUACCUCUCUCUCUCUUCUCCAUACCUCUCUCUCUCUUCUCCAUACCUCUCUCUCUCUUCUACAUACUGCUCUCUCUUCUACAUACCUCUCUCUCUUCUACAUACCUCUCGCUCUCUCUUCUACAUACCUCUCGCUCUCUCUUCUACAUACCUCUCGCUCUCUCUUCUACAUACCUCUUUCUCUUCUCCAUACCUCUCUCUCUCUCUCUUCUCUAUUUAUCUCUUUGGUUUCUCCAUCCUCAGAGAAACUGGCGGCUUCAGUGGGCACGUCUUACGGUUGUUACUUUGUCCCGGCGUUCUCUGGUCUGUACGCCCCCUACUGGGAGCCCAGUGCACGAGGGUGAGUACUAGAACAACUUGAAUUCAGCAUAGUUUUACUUUAAAUCAGCUCAUUCUCUGUCUCUUACAUUUGGUAAAGAAGGAACGGUAAGUCAAGAAGUGUAAAAUAAAGUUUCUCUCUCUCUCUCUCAUACACAGGAUAAUCUGUGGUCUGACUCAGUUCACUAACAAGAGUCACCUGGCCUUCGCUGCGUUGGAAGCUGUCUGUUUCCAGACUCGAGAGAUCCUGGAUGCGAUGAACCAGGACAGUGGCAUCCCUCUGACCCAGCUCCAGGUAGACGGGGGCAUGACCUCCAACAGACUACUGAUGCAGCUGCAAGCUGAUAUACUCUGCAUCCCCGUUGGUAAGAGACCCACUCUCUCUCGCUCGCUCGCUCUCUCUCUCUCGCUCUCGCUCUGUCUCUCUCGCUCUGUCUCUCUCUCUCUCACUCUGUCUCUCUCUCGCUCUCUCUUUCUUUCUCUCUCUUUCACACACUAUGUUUAUGAUAAUGUCCACGAUGAUGGUGAUGAGGACAAUGAGGAAGAUUGUGUUGUUUGUAGUGAAGCCCUCCAUGCCUGAGACCACUGCCCUGGGUGCGGCCAUGGCUGCGGGGUCAGCAGAGGGGGUCAGUGUCUGGAGCCUGUGUCCUGAGGACCUCAGUGAGGUCACCUCUGAGAAGUUUGAGCCACAAAUCAACCCUGAAGGUAAGGGACAUGUAAAGCACUGUUACCUUAUUUCAAUACUAGCAGUUCCUUUUUGUUUGAACACAGACAUAGGUCAAAAGUAUUUGUCUCUAUCAACUCUGAAGGUAAGGGACAUGUAAAGCACUGUUACCUUAUCUCAAUGCUAGCAGUUCCUUUUUGUUUGAACACAGACAUACAGUACCAGUCAAACGUUUGGACACUGCACUUGAAGAAACUUUCAAAGUUCUUGACAUUUUCUGUAUUGACUGACCUUCAUGUCUUAAAGUAAUGAUGGACUGUCGUUUCUCUUUGCUUAUUUGAGCUGUUCUUGCCAUAAUAUGGACUUGGUCUUUUACCAAAUAGGGCUAUCUUCUGUAUACCACCCCUACCUUGUCACAACACAACUGAUUGGCUGAAACGCAUUAAGAAGGAAAUACAUUUCACAAAUUAACUUUUAAGAAGGCACACCUGUUAAUUGAAAUGCAUUCCAGGUGACUACCUCAUGAAGCUGGUUGAGUGAAUGCCAAGAGUGUGCAAAGCUGUCAUCAAGGCAAAGGGUGGCUACUUUGAAGAAUCUAAAAUAUAGUUUGAUUUGUUUAACACUUUUUUGGUUACUACAUGAUUCCAUAUGUGCUAUUUCAUAGUUUUGUUGUCUUCACUAUUAUUCUACAAUGUAGAACAUAGUAAAAAGAAAGAAAACCCCUUGAAUGAGUAGGUGUGUCCAAACGUUUGACAAGUACUGUAGGUCAAAAAUAUUUGUCUGUCUCUCUAUCAACCCUUGAGGUAAGGGACAUGUAAAGCACUGUUACCUGAUCUCAUUGCUAGCAGUUCAUAUUUGUUUGAACACAGACAUAGGUAAAUAUAUCUGUAUGUCUGUCUCUCUGUCUCUCUAUGAACCCUGGAGGUCAGGGAGCCUAUGGUAAGGACAAUAUAAUGAACCCAGCAAACAACUCUGCAAAAUGUUUGCUGUUGUUUCCAUGUAAAUGAAUGGGAUGAUGUAUUUAUUUCUGUCUUGCUUUCUCUCCCCUUGUAUUCCUCUCUCCUUCUCUCUCCCUCUCUCCUUCUCUAUCCCCCUGUAUUUCUCUCUCCCUCUCUCCUUCUCUCUCCCUCUCUCCUUCUCUCUCCCUCUCUCCUUCUCUCUCCCUCUCUCUCUCUAUUGUGCUCUGUAGAGAGUGAGUUUCGAUAUGCUCGCUGGAAGAAGGCCGUACAGAGAGCCAUGAACUGGGAAACCACUGAACCCAUCUCUAAUGGAAAUGGUAGGAACUGUUCUCCACUUUAAUACUGACCGGUUUAAUGUAGGCUGGUCCAUAAUAGCAAAGUGUGUAAUUAAAACAAGGGACAGUAAGACUGACUGAACAGUGACACCCCUAAUGAAUACAAUGACAGACUGGGUGGCUGUUCCAAUUCUUAAAAACACAGUAAACUUCUAAGCUGAAGGAAAAAGUCAAAGUCAUUGUAAUCUAGUGCCAACAUUGUUGUUGAGCUGUAGCCUGGUCCCAGGCCUGUUUGUGCUGUCUUGCCAACUCUUGUGGUCAUCGUCACCCCAAUGACCAUAGGAGUUGGCAAGACAGCACAAACAAACAGAUCUUGGACCAGGCUAGUUAAGCUGGACCCAGAGGUGGUAAUUCUGUGUCCCACUGUGUUUCUCUCUCCUCUGUCUUGCUUGAAUUGGACCUGGGUUUGGACAUCGUCCAGGUGAAACUAGUAUCUUCAGUAGUGUCCCACUGGGCUUUUACAUUCUGGGUAGCAUGUUAAUGUUAAUUGGAGCAAAAUACAUCGCAGGUCAGUGUCCGCUUUAGUGUGGAUGUGCUGAGAGGAAGUGUGUUUGUGAGAGAUGUACUUUGUAUGAGCAAGGAUGAAUGAAUCUGUGUGAACAUCAUGAUAGGGGGUGUGUGUGUGUGUGUGUGUGUGUGAGAGAGAGAGGAAUUGCUAGUGUCAGUAUUGUGUUUUUGAGUUGAGUUUUAAGGAUAGGCUAGUACCUACUACCUACCAUGUAUCAUACAGACUAGCUUUUAGUUGAUCUGGGGGAUAAAGUGGCUUGUUUGAAGUGUUUCUGUGUGUGGUUGAUCUGGGGGAUAAAGUGGCUUGUUUGAAGUGUUUGUGUGUGUGGUUGAUCUGGGGGAUAAAGUGGCUUGUUUGAAGUGUUUCUGUGUGUGGUUGAUCUGGGGGAUAAAGUGGCUUGUUUGAAGUGUUUGUGUGUGUGGUUGAUCUGGGGGAUAAAGUGGCCUGUUUGAAGUGUGUGUGUGUGUGGUUGAUCUGUAUCCUGUGCUCUGUCUAACUCUUGUCCUAACACAGUUAGACAGACUAGCUAGCUCUCCCAACCUGCUCCUACUGCAACAAUCACAUGCAUUGCCUGAUAGUCUUUCCUGCAGUAACACCAUAGCACCUGCUAGCUCUUCCUUCCAAGACUUGGCGAAACUACCAGGUUGCUUUCUUGCAUCAAUUGCAUGACAUUACCCUCAUACCCUGUAGUUUCAAACUUUGGCAUUCAUAGCAAAACAGCCCCUCAUGUGGCUUGGUGGUAUAACACUCUUUCUCUGUUUUAUGUUUUUACCCUCCCCACAACCAGGCCACAAGUAGACUGUGGCCCAUGAUGCAUUGCGGUGGAUGAGAAGAAGGGGCGGGUCCAGGAAAGGACACAUCCUGCUAUUCUCCAGUUUUACCGGACCACCGCCUCCCCGUUCCUUUGGUUGAAUGGCCAAAACACAAACAUUGUCAACGCUCCAAUCCAACUGUUGACCUGGAGCCCAGGGGCUGAUGGGAACUGUAGUGUGGAAUGGACCCAGUAUGAAUAAAUCUGGUGUUUAGGAAUGAUGUUGUUCUUCUCCAGAUCCUAACUGACACUGCUCUUCCUGUGUGACUGAGUGAAUGGGGGGUGUACUGUCUGACUGUGGGUGGUGAAUAUGGGAUGGAUUGUGUAUGCAAUGUCUUUCCAUGUCAUUUUUGGUUCCUUCUUUUUGUCAACGAUCAGUUUAUCUAAGGACAAUCACUAAUAUAGUGCUAUUCACGGAACACCAAAUUCUUCCUAAUCUAAUCCAAAAACAAUCUGUCAAUUCUAACAUUGGCCUGCCCUCCUGUCAAUCUCACACCUCCCUCACUUCACUGUUGUGCUUGAACGAGUUCUUUCAACGUUAUCUUGGAAAUGUAGCCUAAUGUUGCUAAGGGCCCUCACAAUCAACUGCAAUGUGGGAUUUUGGAGCACUUUAUAGAUUUAGUUCUGGGUUUUCCUAGUAUGUAAAUGGCCUAAGAGAUAAACCUUUUAUAACCCUGUUUGGUUGAACACACUGCCUGCUGAGACCGUUCGGGUUGGAGAGCAGAACUUGAAUCUUGUGGCCCCAAGAAAUGGCAAUGCCUUCUCUUGCAUGGGUUAUUGUAAAGGACUAGUCUUAAGUAUCUCGCUGUACAAAUUGUGUAAGAAAAUGUGUUGGUUACUUUUAUAAGUUGCCAUGUAUAUAGACAGACUGAUGGUUAAAGAUGUAGUUGCCCCUAUGCACUGAUCUGGGGUUGGUAAUGUUCCCCCCAUGGAGGACUGGGGUAAGGUAAGCUGAUCCUAGAUCUGU